UGUUGCAGUAGUAGUGGUGGUGCCGACCCCCGGGCGCCCCCCAUAUUCACGAUAGCGCCGUACGACCAGACAAUAGAUAUCAGUGACAGCGAGCGACUGACCGCCCCUACGAAGCCUACCGGAGCCGCUGUGAUCGACACUGUCGUCACCCUAACUGUCGGCAGAGCAUCGGCUGUCACUAUAUCUAAACACAUUGAGAGCACCGGCAGUACUACCUGUGCUAAUAAUAAUAGCGAUAAUAAUAAUACAAUGCAUUGCAAUCGGCGGUCAUCGAUGAUGGAUGUGUUGCCAUUAGUGUUGCUAUUAGUGAUGGGUGUAGUCAUAUCGACCACAUGCGGCAAAUACACGGCCAGCAGCACAUCCCAGGCCAACACUGGUGAUAGUGGCGACACAUCGCAGCCAAGCAGCACCACUGGUGCCCUACUGGCCAACGGAUACUAUCACCAUAAUAAUAAUGAUGAUGAGCAAGAUCAAUCCGGACACCACCCACACCAUGAUCGAUCGGAUAUUAACGACAAUAUAGCGCACUUUGAAGCGCCGGCCGCCGCCGGGGACGGCGCCCAACAACAGUCCCUGUCGUUGAUGAUAGACUCGUCACAACUGUCAGCCCCGGGAGGCGGUUCACUCAGCUCAGCCUCAGCCCGUCUCAGCGCACUCCUGGCGGCUAACAAUCCGUCAAACCGUUCGCCACAGGUGAUGUUGAAGAAUGCGAGUGUGACGUGCAAUGACGGCACAGUUGCCGGUUAUUAUAUACGUCAGAAUUACGCGUCCAAGCGUUGGGUGGUUUUUCUGGAGGGCGGCUGGUAUUGCUUUUCUGCCCUCACAUGCCAUCAACGGUGGCUCAAAAUGCGUGGUUUGAUGACCAGUGCUCACUGGCCCGAGGCUAAGACAGUCGGCGGUAUACUAUCGUCAUCGCGUGACGAGAACCCGUACUACUGGAACGCAUCGCACGUAUACGUGCCGUACUGUUCGUCAGACAUCUGGUCGGGCGAUAGCGCCGCCCGAGCGCCGGGCGAUCUCUCAUUCCUGGGCUCACGUAUUGUCGAGCAAGUGAUCCGUGAGCUCCUACCCCGGGGUCUAACCGAUGCCAAACUGCUAAUACUAGCUGGGUCAUCUGCCGGCGCUGCGGGUGUGAUGAUUAACCUGGAUCGCAUUGCCAGCCUAUUGACAAGUGUGGGCUCAUCGGCACAGGUGAAGGGUAUCGCCGACUCGGGUUGGAUAAUGGAUAACGAGCCGUUUGGGUCGCCCAACAGCGCGCCCACCGGUGCCGCCAAUACUGGUGUCGAUAAUCAUAAUAAUCAUAAAAUUAAUAAUAAGAAGCCAUGCGUUGAUGCUAUCAAUUGCGCCCCAAUGGACGGCAUUAGGUCUGCCUUCAAAAUGUGGAACAGUCGAGUGCCGGCCGCGUGCGCCGCCCAAUACACGCGCGAGCCGUGGAGGUGUCUAUUCGGGUACCGGCUGUACCCAACACUGCGCACACCUCUAUUUGUGUUCCAGUGGCUCUACGACGAGGCACAGAUGCAUUUGGACGGGGUAUCGCUAACCCAUUCUCAACAGCAGUUUAAAUACAUACACAGUUUGGGCCGACAGCUCAGGGCAUCCCUCGAGAACGUGUCGGCCGUAUUCAGCCCGAGUUGUAUCGCACACAUAGUGUUGACAAAACCCGAUUGGAGGACAAUCGCCAUCAAUGGGGUGCGACUGCCGGACGCCAUCCGGUGUUGGGAGCAGACCUGUUCCGGGCCAACACAACUCACUACUCUUACCGCCGGUACUGUUGUUACUACUAUUGGUGUCGUUGAGCACAAUCUGCUCGCGUUUAGUCUUAUGCCGGCGUCGCAUAUGUUU